CGGGAUAGAGAUACUAUUAUAAAAACGCAUGUAAUUUGCCCUAAGUUUACAUCAGAAUUGCGAAGACGUACUGAAGUUUUGGGGAGAAUACGUGCGUUAUGGCAAUCGCCUCAACCUCGAUGAUCAGGGCGAGUAAUCUUCUGCGGUCGUUUGGAUGCAGAGAGCUUUCAUCACCAUUCUCCCACCCAGUUACUCCAUUACGUUUCUUCCAAUCGUCAAAAUUCACUCUUGAAAGUUCAAGAUCACAACUUUCUAUCCGUGGGGUUGCUGCAACAAACCCAAAACACACUCUGAGCGAGCAAAGCCUACCCAGAAUAGCUUCAUGCCAUGCCCUGAAGUCGAUCAUGAAACAUUAUCAAGCUGCUGCCCUGCUGUUAUUCGGAUUGCUGCUUGUUAAAACCAGCUUUCCUUGUUACCCAGCAUUUUCUCUACCCACACCUGCACCUGUUGUUGAUUCUUCAUCCUCAACACCACACGAUGAUGAACUGAUUGUUAUCACAGAGGGACACUUAUUUAUAUUUGCAGCGCUCCAUAUUUUACUCUUGUCUGCAUUUUUUGACUGGACUACUGCUAUCAAAUUUCAGGUUGCAUUUCAUGGACCUGUGGAUUCACUAUUCCACGAUCUUUGUGAAAUUAAUGUAUUAAAGAAGAUAGUUGGAUAUAAUGAAGGAUUCGAAGGGGCACUAUCGUGUUUAUGCCGAUACUCUAAAUACGCCAUCAAUUAUAGUUUUGAUGCGCAUCUUGACAGAAAUUUUCUACUGUCUAAUAAUAGAGUCCACCAGAUAUUUGAAGAAGUAAGAUCCAAGUUUGAAAAUGCAAGGCAAGCUUCUGCUGACAACAUAGGAAUAAAAGAGAAUGAUGCAGAUGAUCAGAAUGAGUAUUUGAUGGUUACUAUCACAGUGCAAUUAUUUUGGUGGCCCUCAGAACUAAAUACCAUAAACAACGGCACAGGUUUAGAUGAAGUUUUGCAAAAGCUCUUUUCGGUAUCAUCAAACAACAACAUACAGAGUUUUGGAAUGGGAGUUUCUAAACUACUUAAACAGGAGGUAGACAGUGGCAACUUUUCACUAUUUAAGGCCUCAUGAGGCCUUAAAUAAUUUAAAGAAAUGUGUAACUUUUUGAAAUGUGCUAAAGAUUUACUGAUUAGCAGAUAUAUUUGUUUGUUUAGUAGGCUAAUAUUUAGGGUUAUCUGUUAUUUUUUUUAAUUUAUGCAGCUCGAAUUUUAUCAUUAUUUACGGAGUAUUUUAUGAUUUAUAAUGAGUAGCAGAUACAGUAUUAUCAUAACAAG